AUGGGUUUCCUGUACAGCCAGUUCUUUAGGACGCCACCUUAUCCCAAGGGAAACUUCAGUGGAAAGACAAUCAUCGUCACAGGUAGCAACAUCGGCCUUGGAAAAGAAGCAGCACGACACUAUGCGCGAAUGGGCGCCGGUAGACUCAUCCUGGCAGUUCGCAGUGUCGAAAAGGGCCAAGAAGCGAGGGAUGACAUUAUGCGUACGACAGGACAUCAGAACACCGAAGUUUGGAAGCUUGAUAUGAGCGACUAUAGUAGCGUAAAAUCGUUCGCGAAGCGCGCUGAAGCCGACCUAGAACGCAUCGACAUUUUUAUUGCUAAUGCUGGCGUGGUCCGCUCUGAGUACUACGAAGUUAAUGGGCACGAAGAAGGCAUAGCUGUCAAUGUCAUAGCCACAACGCUGCUAAUGGCUAAUAUGAUGCCUAAGAUGCGUGAUACAGCUAUCCGAUUCAAUACUCGACCCACGUUCACCAUUACCGGGUCUGCCGCCUAUGACCAUACGACCUUUCCCCAACGCUCCGCCCCUGAUGGCCAGAUUCUGAUUGCGCUGUCCGAUGAAGAGACAUGCAAGAAAUACUGGUCACAACAGUAUCCUGUGUCUAAGCUCAUACAGCUGCUAGUUGUGCGGGCUAUUGCUGACCAUCAUCCGGCCAGCGAGUUUCCUAUAACCGUUAACAUUGUCAACCCAGGCUUGUGCUGGUCAGCGCUGGCGCGCGAUGUUAAAGGUUGGGGGUUUUGGUUCUUCAGGCUGCUGGUGGCACGCUCGACAGAGGUGGGCAGCAGAACACUAGUGCACGCGGGUGCUUCGGGCAUGGAGACGCAUGGCAAGUAUCUGAACGACUGCUUGAUCGAGGAACCGAGUGCACUAGUGACAGAUGCGGCGGGUAAGGAGGGUCAGGAGCGCAUCGUGUCUGAGAUUUCCAAGGCGAUUGAAGUCAUUCAGCCCGGUGUCUCAAGGAAUUUCCAGAUUGUUUGAGCGGUGACAUGUGUGAGC